AUGGAGAAUCCUUUUGCAGAUCCUGUAGCGAGGUUGACACCGACCAAUUCUCAUGAUAACCUCCAGAUUUCUCGUGUUGAUACGGGUGCAUUAGAUAAGUACAAUCCUUUCGAGGCUACUGCCCAUGGGGAUACCAAACAGGGUAAUCAUACCACUAAUUCUGUACCACCACCUCCAUAUUCUGCUACUCAAGCUCAGAAAAUUACAACCGCAGAGCUUGAACGUCGUCAGAAGGAACUGGAUGCAAAGGCUGCAGAACUAGCACGAAGAGAAGAGGAACAACGAAUGAGAGAGGAACAAAAUCGGCCAGUAUCCCAAGGAGGUGUUAUAGCCAAGAACUGGCCUCCAUUACCAUCCUUCUGUCCUUGUACUCCUUGCUUUUACCAAAACAUUGAGACAGAAAUUGUACCUGAGUACAAAGGAGUGGUCAAGUUUGGAUAUUACCUAUGGCUGUCGUAUGCUUGUUUGUUGUUAGUGAACUUGUUCACAGCAAUGAUAUAUUUUGCCGGUACUUCUAGCUACUACGGGGGAAGUCUUUUCGGUGUUGCUAUUCUGGUGUUCAUAAUUUGUGUACCGUCAUCGUACGUGUGUUGGUUCAGACCAUUAUACAAAGCCUUUAGAAGCAACAGCUCAAUCAAUUUCUUCGUAUUUUUCAUUGUUUUUGGUGUUCAAGUUUUGGUUAUGAUCAUACAGUCAAUCGGCAUCAUAAAUUGGGGAUCCUGUGGAUGGAUCACUGGUUUGGCGGUGGUCAAAUCUAACCCGGUAAUUGGAGUUAUGUCAUUGCUGGUAGCAUCAAUAUUCACAGCCAUCACAGGACUAUCGGCUUGGUAUCUUAUUCAUGUACAUCGCAUCUAUCGCAGUACGGGCGCUAGUUUUGGAAAGGCUAAAGAAGAAUUCGCUAGUGGUGUAGUGUCAGAUCCGUUUAUAAGAAGCAGUGCACUGGAAGCCGGAUUGUUUGCAACACGUCAGGCUACUUCAAGUGGUCCAUCAGCUAACAGAUCCUAA